UCUCUUUCUCUCUCUAAAAUACUCUCCUUUCUCCCCAAGUUUUUCUUCCUUCUUCUUUUCAGGUGCUUCGCUUCGCAACAAUUCAAACCUGAAAAAAGACUAAUUUAUGUUGGUUUUAUUGGGAAAAUUGUUUGAAUUAUUCCUUUCUUGCUGCAAUUUCUCUUCGGGAUUUGCGGAUCGAGCCUUGGGAAUCUCUCUUUCUGCUUCUUGCUUGGAAUUCUGAAGGGUUAUUUUGCGAUUUUUUGGUAAAUUAAAGUCCCUUAGAGGCUUUUAUUGUUUAAGUUGGGGGUCUGGGUCUCAUGAGAAUUGUCAGGGGAAUGCAGAGAUCGUUUUGCGAGGAGCACAAGGCGCUGGGAAGGAAGAAAUCUUUCAGCAAAGGGAUUGGCGUGACGGUUCCUAAGGCCAGAACGCGUGACAAACUUAUGAAUAGGCUUUUGGGUCUCUAAGUUUGGGGUUCUGUUCUGCGACAUUUGGGACCUAAGAGUUUUUGCUUGACACCGAUAAUAAUCAUCAUCAAAUGCAAUGACUCGGAUUCUGGUUCAGCGAGGUUCCUCCAGCGGUUCUUCUUCGAACCCAGGCCGUUCUGGAUCUUCCUCGGCUCGUGCUGAGCCCCAGGUUAAUGUUCCUCAGGUUGUUCAAGCUGUGAAAGAUGAGGAAAGUGUAGAGGAAGUGCAGGAACAAGAGGCUGUGGAUGAGGUCAUCGAGUGUUCUUCAAGUAGCAACAGUAAGGCGGCGAAGGGUGAUGAUCUAAGCUGUCACGCUGAUCUGAAAGAUACUUCAACUGAUGGGACUGUUGUUACUGAGAGAGUUGGUAAUGAUUAUGUUGUGAGUCCAGGGGAACCGCUGAAAGGUUUGAGUGGAUCGAGAAUUUUGGAGAGGGGGACAGUAGAGAAUGAAGACGUGGGUGGCGAUUCAACACAGAAUGUCAGUGUGAGGUCACAGCCACCACCUCCUCCCGUUCCACCCCCAAAGCCUUCUGCGUCAAACUCAAAUCCAAGGAGAUUUAUCUCUGGAAGUUCGCAUGCUACGCGGAUUGGACCAUCUAGAAGACCAAUUACAUGGCCUCCUGUUUCAACCAGGACCUCACCCACUGAGUCACGGCCUUCUUCUCCCAGGUCUCAUGGUGAAAAUGAGGGGUACAAUAGUGCCGAUGAACAAAACCCGUGCUAUGUAUCUUCUUAUGAUGAUGUUGAAAGAGAGCGUCAAUUUGAAAUUGAUAUAAGACGUGCAAAAGGUUUGGAAGUAAAAAAGAUGCUGGAGGAUGGGAAUUGUCUCUUUCGUGCUGUUGCAGAUCAAGUUUAUGGGGAUUCUGAAGCUUACGAUGUGACCAGACAGAUGUGCAUUGAUUAUAUGGAGCAGGAGAGGGACCAUUUUUCUCAAUUCAUAACCGAAGGCUUUAUGUCUUAUUGUAAGAGGAAAAGAAGAGAUAAGGUAUAUGGAAAUAAUGUGGAGAUCCAAGCCUUAUCUGAAAUGUAUAAUAGGCCUAUCCAUAUUUAUUCCUAUAGCACAGAACCUAUCAACAUAUUCCAUGGAAGCUAUAACACAGACACACCUCCCAUUCGGCUAAGUUAUCAUCAAGGAAAUCACUACAACUCUCUUGUUGAUCCACGUCGAUUAACCAUCGGUGCAGGGCUUGGGUUCAGUUGUCUUCGUGGGACAAAUGUUGACAAGGAUCAAGUCAAGGCCGCCAUUAAAGCUCAGCAAGACCAACAGAUUGAUAAUGCACUUUUAGCUGAGGGCCGAUUUUAUUCAGAUCUCGAGCUUACUGAGAAGGAAAUUGAGCGCAUGGUGAUGGAAGCAUCAAGAGCCGAGUAUCUUGCAGAUGAUACGUUUAAGCAACAAAUAGGCCGCAUAGAGUCUUCUACAUCCAAUGCUGAGCCAUCAUCUUCUGGAGCUAGAUCGUCGGGCAGCGAUACAAAGGUGGAAGGAGGAAAGGACAGUGGCUUGCGGGAGUCUGUCCUUAGCAGCAGCAUGCAGUUGGUUCUUUCAAUGGGGUUCAGCUACCUGCAGGUGAUUGAGGCAUACAGUAUCUUUGGGGAUGAUGCUGAUUCUAUGGUCUGUUACUUGUUAGAAACAAGCAGCAGCAGCAGGCGCAAAGGCAAGGCAACUGAAUGAGCAAAGCGACGAUUGUACCGAGUUCUUUGUGGCUAAACUUUGGCACAAAAUGAGAAGGAAAAAAGUGACUCGUGGCUAAUGGAAAGUCUAUGAUCCCGUGAGAGCUAUAAAUAAAUCAUAGUAUACUAUUAACAAUUCUUGCCCGAAGUUGUAUAUCAUUUGGUUAGUUCAAUCAGCAAAUGAUAUAUCGAUCUCUAGCAUUUUAUCAUCUAAGUUUAUAUCUAAAAAUUCAUCUGGUAUGAUUUA